UCCAUGUUGUGACCUGAAAAUGGAGAUACACAUGAUGUUGUGACCUUUAAAUAGAGAUACCGGAUGUUGUGACCUGUGAUUGGAGCAAACGCUGAACUUGGAAAUGAUCGGGUUCUUGGCCAAGAUGGAGGAUCAAGUUGAGGUUGUGACGUCAUUAUCUCGGAGAUCACGAUUUGUGAUCUUAGUGUUGCUGUGUGUUUGCGUCUCUGUGCUGUACAUCAAGUAUACGGAGUCAAACAAGCCUACUGUUCGAUCACUUGAUGAUUUAAAACGACUAUGGAAUAUCGGCCAACACCGUGACGAUGACGUCAUCGACCAAACUCACAAAAGCCCACCCACAAUCACUUGUGCAAAAAGUUCUUCUUACAGGAUCUUAGACUCAAGUGGUCUAGUGUUUCAGAAAGGAUCUACUUUACGGCUUGUAAUAGAGGCUAAAGACUUGGCGGGAACUAGAACAACACGAGGUGGUGACAUGUGGUUUGCUACCCUCAACUCAUUAAACCCAAAAGCUAGUACGUCAGGCAAUGUGGUGGAUAACGGUGACGGGACGUAUCUGGUGCAAUUCUACGCAGGAUGGGUGGGUGUGGCAAAGAUUGAUAUCAUCUUGGCACAUCCAAACGAGGCGUGUGUCUUUGUGGAAGAAAGGGUGUGGCCGGCAGAGGAUCGCCAGGUGUGGUCGGGUGUAUUUAGGGUCCAAGACGGGAAGAAAUUAAAAACGACAAAGACAACUUGUUUACUGCAACGAAAUGGAACUAAGUGGGACAACACAUGUGAAUACUGGUACCCGGCAGAGAUGGGAGACACCACGCUGGUGUGUGGGAAACCAGAGGAUAAGAACACGUGGUCAUGUGAUGAUUUGUACUCUUUAGGAAUCAUGAAAGCAAGAGUUGAUUUGACUGCAUCUGAACUCAUUCAAGGGAAGGAGUAUUUAUUUGAAAAAGCGAAUGUGAUGCAGAUUGUUGAGCAGGGGCCAAAACACAUCAAAAUAGAAGGAACACAAGAUGUCCGUUCAGUUUCUCUUCCCCCGUGUCAGCCUGAUCUACCCGAUCAAACAUCCGAAGGGUUUUGGUUCAAAGAUGAGUGGCAGUCUUUAAGAUGCGGCAACACCCCGUGGCACAGCCCGACCGUUGAUCACAUCGCCCAGUGCUUCAAAUGGAAGAACGUCUACUUUCUCGGUGACACCACAGCUCGGCAAUUAUUUGAAGCUUUCCAUGAAGCCAUCGGUUUAAAGUUCCUCCUCCGCAGUGACGAUGCCCACUACCGAUUCAUACGUCACCAUUCUUCUUUAAAUCUAUCCGUUAUGUACCAAGCUCGUCCUUUGUUAACGACCUCAUCUCAAGUUCCCCUUGGAGAAACACGUUUUGAAACGGAUAUUUUAAACAACCUAAAAGUUCAAAAAUGCAACAGUGUAAUUUUGCUGAGCCCUUGGUCACAUACCUUCUUAGAUCGUAUGAACUUUCUUGAGAUGCUGAGACUUCUCAAGGGCGCCAUAACCGACCUGCUUGUAAAAUGCCCCAAGACACCAAUAGCUGUAAGGGGGCCUCACCCUGGUGUACAUGGUACAUUCAAAUCAUCAGUAUACGGUAAUAACAUUAUCUUAGGAGAUAUCAGAGACAUCUUGAAGGAAACGUUACAGGGGACUGGUGUUUUCUUUCUGGAUAGUUGGGACAUUAAUGUGGCUUACCCAAGUCCCAAUCAUAUUGUCUUGCCUGUAGAUGUCGCCAAGCAGGAGGUUGCUUUGUUCAUGUCUUAUGUUUGUAAGGACUUCUCAGAACAAUGAUAAUUGUAGACAGCACUUUGUUAAACGCACUUCUUAGAAUACAGAAUGUGAUGAAGAAUAAGUUCA